ACUCCGGCUCCAGCUCAUAGAUCGAGAAAAGCCGACUAAACUAGUUCUGAAGGACAAGGUUGACAUAAGUUUACCUACCAGCAUCUCGUGUUUAUUUUAUAUUGGAUUGGAAUUUACCGUUACAACUUGAAAGUCCAGUCCGACAGCGGGAAAUGACACAGGAGCUUGCAAAAAAGAGAGGUGUUCUGGUGUUCCAGAAUGAGGUGUCAUGUGGUGGUCGGAGGCAGGCGCUCACGGAGGAUGACGAGGACUGGAGGGCCUUCCUAGGGAACCCCCUGACCGCCGCCUCCAAGGCCAUGAUGCACAUCAACGGAGAUGAGGACAGUGCCAAUGCUCUCCUCUACAACUACUAUAAGGUGCCACAAGACAAGAGAACGACUGGACAGCUCAAAACAGAAGUUAUUGUGGGCGAUGCUGAUCCAAACAAUAUGAACUUCGUGGUGCCACUCCAAGAUUCCCCCCUGGCCAUGACAACUCUGAGGACCGUCCAUCGCAACACCGCGGCCCAGGGCAGCAGCCAACCCAGCCGGGGGGACAAAACCCAGGCUCUCUACCCAGCCUCAAACUCCAUAGUCUGCAUCUCCACCACCUCCAGCCCUCCCCCCUACUCCCUCAGCCCAGAGGGGACCCAGGCCCUGCACUCCUUCCCCGUUUGCACCCCUUCUGGUCCCCACGGUUCCCAGUCGGAUGGCAUGGCCUUCAGUCGCCACCUCAGCCAGUACAGCCCCAGAGCCCGGAGCCUCACCCCUGACUCCACCUACACAAAGUCCUAUAGGGACAGCUCCAAUGAGGUCUUCCCUCCCUCUGAAGAGGUCCAGCUACGUAUGACCUCCAUCCCUCCUGGUGGAUACCCUUACUACAGCUCCACAGCAAGUCAACACUUUGAGUACAUGCUGGAGGCUCCCCAGUCCCUCUGGACCAAGAGCAGCAGUGGCCAGAUGAGCUACCUGAACAAGGCCCAGUUCUACCCCAUCACCUUGAGAGCACUAGGGGGCACCCCGCUCCAAUCUCAUCUCAGUGGAGAAGUCCGGAGUGUGGUGAUGCUUGUGUUUGGAGAGGAGAAGCUCACAGAGGACCAGCUCAAAUACUGGAAGUACUGGCACAGCAGACAGCACACAGCCAAGCAGCGUUGCAUUGAUAUUGCUGACUAUAAAGAGCGAUUCAAUACGAUCGGCAAUAUUGAGGAGAUCGCCUACAAUGCCAUCUCUUUCACAUGGGACACAAAGGACGAGCCACGGGUGUUUGUGUCUGUGAACUGUCUAAGUACAGACUUCUCCCCUCAGAAGGGAGUGAGGGGCCUUCCUCUCAACCUCCAGAUUGACACCUACAGCUUUGGGAGCCGUGGUCACAAGCUAGUACACAGAGCCUACUGCAUGAUUAAGGUGUUCUGUGACAAAGGUGCCGAGAGGAAGAUCCGAGAUGAGGAAAGGAAGCAGCCUUACAGGAAGGGAAAGAGACAGGAGACAACCGCAGCCUAUGUGGAAGACCCUCUGCAGCUGAAGCAUGUGGCCAUAGCAUCGUUCAAAGCCAUGAGUGACAUGGACUCCCAGCCAGUUCUCUUCAUCCCAGAGGUCCACUUCCCCAGCACCCAGCACCACCAUGCAAGCCUAUCAGAUGACGGUGAGGAUAGCUUGGGGCAGAAGAGACUACUCCACUGUGAUGAGGACUUUGAGUUGGCUCCUCACAAGAAAGCAAGGCGGGACAGACCAGAGAAAGUGCUGCUUUAUGUCCGUAAGGAGACAGAGGAGGUGUUUGAUGCUCUGAUGCUGAAGACGCCCACUCUGGCAGGACUACUGGAGGCUGUAACCGAUAAAUACGAGCUGCCGCUUGAAAAAAUGGGGAAAGUCUACAAGAGGUGCAAAAAAGGGAUCUUAGUCCAUAUGGACGAUAACAUCAUCAAGCAUUACUCCAACGAGGAUGCCUUCCAGAUCAACAUGGAAGAGGUGGGGGGGGAAAUGCUGCUGACACUGACUGAGAUCUGAGUCCGGACAAGGGAAGUAUUCAUCAGGGCACAACUUUUUGCAACGGAAAGUGAAAAUUAGCGUUUCUUAUUUGGUCCUUUUUCUACCUAGUGAAUAUGAACACAACACUGGUCAGGGGGAGUGGAGUCUGUUGUCAUGGGCCUCCAGGGGGAGACCCUUGGAGGUGGAACACAUGUUGACCCCGGCAGCUGUGGGACACAACCGUAGGAUUAGUCACGUGUUUACACAACUGUAACAGACUUCUAAAAGGAAAACAAGAUAUUUUCAUGAGUUCUGCCUUUCUGCUGCUCCAGUGUCUGAGGCCAUUUCUGGUGUGGUUGGUUGCACAAAAUGGCUACCUUGCUCACUGGCAAGAAAAAUACAUUUAAGUAUUUUCACAUAAAAUGUGACUGAGUGAUUGCUUCACAAGCAGAUGAUGGGAGUCACACUGUACUACUGGGGCUUUUUGGCAGUAGCUACGGUACAAGAUGAAACUAUGAUGAGGACCAUUUGGAAACAAUAUUGUGUAACGGCCAAUGAUAUUUUCCGACUUUUUAGACGUUUUUUUCAUGUGUAUUUUUUGAUCAACUACUUUUUGCUAUAUAUACACAGACAAGACAGCAGCGAUGUCUUCAGAAUGCCAGUUAACGUAUGAAAGUAUUACGUAUUAUUUUGAAGUACAGUACCAGUCAAGUUUGGACACACCUACUCAUUCCAGGGUUUUUCUUUAUUUUUACUAUUUUCUACAUUGUAAAAUAAUAGCGAAGACAUCAAAACGAUGAAAUAACACAAAUGGAAUCAUGAACCAAAAAAGUAUUAAACAAAUCAAAAUAUAUUUUAGAUUCUUCAAAGUAGCCACCCUUUGCCUUCUCUCCUCUCUGCACAGACCAUACAAACGCUCCACACCGCGUGGCCGCGGCCACCCUAAUCUGGUGGUCCCAGCGCGCACGACCCACGUGGAGUUCCAGGUCUCCGGUAGCCUCUGGAACUGCCGAUCUGCGGCCAACAAGGCAGAGUUCAUCUCAGCCUAUGCCUCCCUCCAGUCCCUCGACUUCUUGGCACUGACGGAAACAUGGAUCACCACAGACAACACUGCUACUCCUACUGCUCUCUCUUCGUCUGCCCACGUGUUCUCGCACACCCCGAGAGCUUCUGGUCAGCGGGAUGGUGGCACCGGGAUCCUCAUCUCUCCCAAGUGGUCAUUCUCUCUUUCUCCCCUUACCCAUCUGUCUAUCGCCUCCUUUGAAUUCCAUGCUGUCACAGUUACCAGCCCUUUCAAGCUUAACAUCCUUAUCAUUUAUCGCCCUCCAGGUUCCCUCGGAGAGUUCAUCAAUGAGCUUGAUGCCUUGAUAAGCUCCUUUCCUGAGGACGGCUCACCUCUCACAGUUCCGGGCGACUUUAACCUCCCCACGUCUACCUUUGACUCAUUCCUCUCUGCCUCCUUCUUUCCACUCCUCUCCUCUUUUGACCUCACCCUCUCACCUUCCCCCCCUACUCACAAGGCAGGAAAUACGCUCGACCUCAUCUUUACUAGAUGCUGUUCUUCCACUAACCUCAUUGCAACUCCCCUCCAAGUCUCCGACCACUACCUUGUAUCCUUUUCCCUCUCGCUCUCAUCCAACACUUCCCACACUGACCCUACUCGGAUGGUAUCGCGCCGUCCCAACCUUCGCUCUCUCUCCCCCGCUACUCUCUCCUCUUCCAUCCUAUCAUCUUUUCCCUCUGCUCAAACCUUCUCCAACCUAUCUCCUGAUUCUGAUUCGGUCCUCCCUCCCGCUCCGUGGCUCGACGACUCAUUGCGAGCUCACAGAACAGCCGAGCGGAAAUGGAGGAAAACUCGCCUCCCUGCGGACCUGACAUCCUUUCACUCCCUCCUCUCUACAUUUUCCUCUUCUCUCUCUGCUGCUAAAGCCACUUUCUACCACUCUAAAUUCCAAGCAUCUGCCUCUAACCCUAGGAAGCUCUUUGCAACCUUCUCCUCCCUCCUGAAUCCUCCUCCCCCUCCCCCCCUCCUCCCUCUCUGCAGAUGACUUCGUCAACCAUUUUGAAAAGAAGGUCGACGACAUCCGAUCCUCGUUUGCUAAAUCAAACGACACCGCUGGUUCUGCUCACACUGCCCUACCCUGUGCUCUGACCUCUUUCUCCCCUCUCUCUCCAGAUGAAAUCUCGCGUCUUGUGACGGCCGGCCGCCCAACAACCUGCCCGCUUGACCCUAUCCCAUCCUCUCUUCUCCAGACCAUUUCCGGAGACCUCCUCCCUUACCUCACCUCGCUCAUCAACUCAUCCCUGACCGCUGGCUACGUCCCUUCCGUCUUCAAGAGAGCGAGAGUUGCACCCCUUCUGAAAAAACCUACACUCGAUCCCUCCGAUGUCAACAACUACAGACCAGUAUCCCUUCUUUCUUUUCUCUCCAAAACUCUUGAACUUGCCGUCCUUGGCCAGCUCUCCCGCUAUCUCUCUCAGAAUGACCUUCUUGAUCCAAAUCAGUCAGGUUUCAAGACUAGUCAUUCAACUGAAACUGCUCUUCUCUGUAUCACGGAGGCGCUCCGCACUGCUAAAGCUAACUCUCUCUCCUCUGCUCUCAUCCUUCUAGACCUAUCGGCUGCCUUCGAUACUGUGAACCAUCAGAUCCUCCUCUCCACCCUCUCCGAGUUGGGCAUCUCCGGCGCGGCCCACGCUUGGAUUGCGUCCUACCUGACAGGUCGCUCCUACCAGGUGGCGUGGCGAGAAUCCGUCUCCACACCACGUGCUCUCACCACUGGUGUCCCCCAGGGCUCUGUUCUAGGCCCUCUCCUAUUCUCGCUAUACACCAAGUCACUUGGCUCUGUCAUAACCUCACAUGGUCUCUCCUAUCAUUGCUAUGCAGACGACACACAAUUAAUCUUCUCCUUUCCCCCUUCUGAUGACCAGGUGGCGAAUCGCAUCUCUGCAUGUCUGGCAGACAUAUCAGUGUGGAUGACGGAUCACCACCUCAAGCUGAACCUCGGCAAGACGGAGCUGCUCUUCCUCCCGGGGAAGGACUGCCCGUUCCAUGAUCUCGCCAUCACGGUUGACAACUCCUCCCAGAGCGCUAAGAACCUUGGUGUGAUCCUGGACAACACCCUGUCGUUCUCAACUAACAUCAAGGCGGUGGCCCGUUCCUGUAGGUUCAUGCUCUACAACAUCCGCAGAGUACGACCCUGCCUCACACAGGAAGCGGCGCAGGUCCUAAUCCAGGCACUUGUCAUCUCCCGUCUGGAUUACUGCAACUCGCUGUUGGCUGGGC